CCAUGGCUGCUUGCUAGCCUCUCCUGCAGGUAUAUAUACCUGUCCGAGCAUACCUGGCCAAAGCUAGUGCACCUGUUUUCACACUGGCUGAAGUUUCACCUCUCACCGGCUGUGUCAAACACCCUUGUUUUUUGGAGGUCCCAUAAUGAGUUCUCUGGACAGUGACUUUCAGGAUGCCAUUGAUGUUAUUCAGAAAGACGCCAAUCACCUGUACCACGGACCAGGUAUAAAGUACUACGACCUGGAGUGUCCGCCUCUGCUAGGGCGUCCGGGAGCAACUUGUUACCCCUACACCUCCCUCGCCACAUCCCCAGUAGCGGCAGACUGGGGCGAAACGUCCUGGCCCCACACCGUGCCUGAUCUGUCUGAGCCUCCUCCAGUCCACCCAGAGCCCACGCAGUUCUACCCCGUCAUGCAGCUGUCACGCAGCAGGAAAGGACGCAAGAAGCUGCGUCUCUUCGAGUAUCUCCAUGAGGCCCUUCAUGACGCCAACAUGGUGGACUCCAUCCAGUGGACGGACCGCGGUUCCGGAACCUUCCACUUCGUGUCCAAGAACAAGGAGAAGCUCGCCGAGUGCUGGGGCCGCCGCAAGGGCAACCGCAAGACCAUGACCUACCAGAAGAUGGCGCGCGCCCUCCGCAACUACAGCCGCACCGGCGAGAUCGUCAAGGUGCGCCGCAAGCUCACCUACCAGUUCAACCCUGCCAUCCUGCAGCGGCUGGGCACCGGGCACCUCAUGCCACCUGCCGGGCACUCCGUGGGCCACAUGAGCAGAGAGACGCUGGGCCCCCACCAGCACGUCGUUUCGCCCGACGGGGGGUACUACGCGCCCUCCGUGUCCGAGUGGCAGGUCUGGUACGGACAGUACCCCGGCGCCUACCCGGCGGAGUACGACCUCGCCACGGUCCUCACGUCAGCGGACGGAUCCAAGAUAUGAGUCCUUACCAAGAUGGCUGCCUGGCUGGCCACUGUGACUAUGCAGUUUUGAUGAGGAGAAUGAAUUCAGUUUGGUCACUCCUUUGUCUUGUUCCUUUGUCUGUCAGAGGAGCUCAUAUCUUGACCAGGCCAUGUGACCUUCCUCUUCACACACACUCCUGCAGCACUAAGAGACUGUAAGAGAAGACUACUGAGCUGAACUGAGCUGAACUUUAUGAGUUUCUAUUGUGGGCCAUUUGACAAUACCGAACAAAGACGAAACUCCUUUGGCAUGAGUGCUUUGAAAAGUACACAGGAACUCCAAACUCCGUUCGGCACUGUCUUGUGUUUAAAGCGCUUUGGGUUGGGUUACUUACUUACUAACUCUUUAUUUCUGAAACGGCUUCAUCAUGGCUAUUCACUUUAAUUAUUCUCAUGUCACUUGGGAAAGAUGAGCAUGUUUAAAGCGCUGUUUAAGGUUGUACUUCUUCAUCAGGGUCUCUUGUUGCCUGGUUUUCUUGUUGAUUUUUGCGCAGUUCCUUCAUUCACCCAACAAUGGCACAAAAAAAGAUUAUUGAGCGCUGGGGCACUGACGUGUUGUUUUUGUCAAUAUGUGAAUACGUUUUCUCAGGGUAGAUGCGCAAACAAGCCAUUGUAAAUAUCAAGAAGCGCUGUUGAAUGCAGGAUAAUUGUGAAAAGAAGGGAAAAACAUCACCAUCUCAGGAACUGUACAUAUUUUCCACUUCAAUGUAUAUCGUUUUUUACUCUAUGUCUUUGUGAGUCUCAUGAGUCUUUGUUAUUCCUUGUGACAAUUAAUUAAAGUUGCAAUUAUGUUCUUGCA